ACGACGAAACAAGAACCGCACCGAUCAGCUGUGCAGAAGCGAAUGUCCGCCGCCGCCCAGCUGACCGGACGGGGUAGACCCGCCGCGCCGAGAGAGCGCUCUCGCGGCGCGGAGGGAAAGACUAUGUCGGGGAGUCAGGUGCAUCGCCGCCCGAUGGCGCUGCAGUCGCCGUAAAGUCAGUCGUUUGUCCGUCAAGUCAUUUGUCGUAACGGGCUCGUUACAAAAGGCCCUGUUCCCCAAUACCCUCUCCUUAACUCGUCUCGGGUGUCAGCGCCCUUGUGAGAAUCGAGGGGGCGGGGCUGGAGUCGCAACGGGCCCCGUCCCUAACCCCUGUCUUGGCCGACUGCGAAGGGUACUCCUCUGGUCUCGGCAGGAAUUUCCACAAAAUUUUCACACACCCAUGUUCCUGAAGGUCUGCUCUAAUUAUUCAUCCAAAAAAAGUUCACUCACAUGCACACACAUUCAAGUGACGACCCGCGAAGCACGGGGCAGGCCGCCUGCAGCCGCCUCCCUCCAAUCCGACGCACCGCCUGCGCGCCGCUCCGUAACGGCCGCAGCCGCUCCAGGCCUCUCUGAGUGGCGCGCUCUAGCGGCCGGCCGCCGAGACAGCCCAGCCGCGAGCAGACGAGCUCGUGUUUUGAAUGUUGUUUGUUUACACGACAGAGGCAGCUUUUCGUGAAAUUAAAUAAUUCGUUCAUAAGAUGUCUGACAAUGAUGACGAGGAUUUCAACGCUAGUUAUGAAGCGGAUAAUCCCGAUAAUACUACGGUAGUAGUAUUGUGAUGUCUGUUUCGUAAAUGAACCAAAUUUGUUCACAACUUUCAGACUUACGCAAUGCUCAGCGCACGAUUGGACUCAACGUUUUGUCUUUUUAUGUUUUAGGAAGUUAGUUGUUUAAACGAAACGGUGGUGUCUGAGUCAUCCUGUAAUGACGAAUUGGAAUCUUCCCUUUCGUUUUCUUCUACGACGUCUGAGGCCCCGUUGUCAUCAACUCCUAGUAAGAAGGGUACAGCAAGCAGGACAAGCAGCAGACAGAAAAAAGGCUCAAAGGCUCUUCCCAAGAGUAAGGAACCGUUUAAGGUUCCUUCUGCACCUCCUAUUUUUUGGGGGAAGUGUCCCCGGUGUGGUAGGGGCCUGAAAUCCAUGUCAGGGCUGAACAACCACAUUUUAGCUCAUGACUGGAAAGAUCUUGCAACAAAGAAGCCCUCGAGUUCAGCGAUAGAAGAGUAUUGUCAUGAGGCUCAUGUAUCAAUACUUGAAGCUAUGAAGUCGUUGCCCAAAGGUGGCAAAAUUGGCAUAGACUUCAAUGAGUAUGUGUCCAAACUUAUUGAAAAAAAAAGUAGCCCUGAAUGGAAGAAACUGGUUGAUGCAGUGAGUUCUCUACUCUCAAAAAUUUUAAGCUUUAAUAAUAAUAGGAGGAGUGCUACUUUUGGAUCUGCAUUAAGAAACCACCUGUACAGUUCUAUUCGAAAAGAGCUGUCCAACACUGAGAAACGUGAUGAAUUGAUGGAUUUAUUGCUAGGUGUUGAGGUGGUAAUUGUCCAGGUAGCUAACUUAUUUUUGUUUGAUUUUGUUCAACAAAUGGGAAAUGCUGCUUUAGUAUUUGUCUUUCGAUCCAUUACUGGAAGAACUGGAAAGGAGAAAGAAGGAAGACAAAGUAUGGAGAAAGACUGCUUCCCAUCUGCUAAAGAGCAGAACCGCACAAAAUGUGAACAAAUGCGCCCCUUCAAGAACCUCAGAAUUAUUUUGGAUGGUGUUGAAAUCAAAAUUGAAACACCAAGCAAUUUUCACAUGCAAGGAAAUACAUAUUCACAAUACAAAGGUUGCAAUACUGUGCGAUUUAUUGUAGGCAUUGACAGUUCUGGUGCAACUGCUUUUAUUAGUCCAGCCUGUGAGGGUGCGCUCUCUGAGAAAGAAGCAGUACUGAGAAGUGGUCUACUCCAACGGCUAGAAAAGGGAGAUCUAGUAAUGACAGAUCGUGGCUUUGAAAUAACUGCAGAACUACAAGCUAUUGGUGUACAUCAUGUAAAACCACCCAGUCUUGGACAACGUGACAGCCUUACAGCUGAAGAGGAAACAUUGACCAAGGCAAUUGCAUGUGUUAGAAUCUACAGUGAACAUGCUAUAGCUGACAUUAAGGAUAACAAGCUCUUGAGAAAUGUUCUUCCUCUGUCAAUGUAUCCUGAGAUAUCUGAUUUAGUGUAUGUUGCUGGUUACCUACGAAACUUUUCUCCUAAGAGGAUCAUUAGUAAAUCUUUUAGUCGAAGGAAUCCCGAUGAAGAAAAUGGCAAUAAUCCAGAUGACUUAUAAUUUUAAGAUUAUGUUCUGAAUGUGCUAAACCAUUCCACUUGAGUUUUCUUUUAAAAAUCUAUUUUUGAGAAAGCAAAGACAAAAUGAUGAUAGAAAUAAAAAUUGUUUUAUUGGAAUUAAUGUGUCAUAAAAAACUUCACCAAUUCCCCUUGUGAUGAAUGUUGUGUAAAUUUUUCUGAUUUUCCACUGAAGACCUGCAAACCUAAAGGCUUAAGAAAGUUGAUUAUUGUUCCAUCACUGACCACACCAAGACCAUGUAAGUUUACCUGACUCGCUGCAAAAUAAAGGUACAGAACUAAACUCAUUCCAUUCAUCUAGAUGUCAA